GCGGGAGCGCAGUUGGAGGCGGGUGUGAAGUUGGAAACGUCUUUGUUUUUUUGUGUUUUUUUUAAGCUUUUUUCGCUUAAAUGGCAUGUAGCCACACAGUGAGACCAUAUUCAGUCCCUCAUGCAGACGACUCGGGGGUUAUAUCGCAAAGGAGCACAAAAAUCCUCGUUUUAUUGAAGCUCCAGAAGCAGCGGUGGUCGAAGUGAAGUUAGCCGAGUUUGGGUUCGCCCUCUGCGGCUUCAGCUCUGCCGCCGCCUCGCUGCCCUGCGGAUCUCCGGAGAAUAUGUGUGAAGAUGAGCCAAAGAGACACACUGGUUCAUCUCUUUGCUGGAGGAUGUGGGGGAACAGUGGGCGCUAUACUCACGUGCCCGUUGGAGGUGGUGAAGACAAGGCUGCAGUCUUCUGCAAUAACGCUCUACAUCUCCAGCGUUCAGCUCAGCACAGUCAGCGGAGCCGGCGUAGCCCGAAUGGCCCCACCUGGCCCCCUGCACUGCCUUAAGUUAAUCCUGGAGAAGGAGGGACCUCGUUCUUUGUUUAGAGGUUUGGGCCCCAAUCUAGUAGGAGUUGCUCCUUCCAGGGCGAUCUAUUUUGCUGCAUACUCGACGGCUAAAGAGCGACUGAAUGGCCUGCUGGUUCCAGACUCCACUCAAGUGCACAUGCUUUCUGCUGGCAUAGCAGGGUUCACAGCCAUCACCGCGACCAAUCCGAUCUGGCUGAUCAAAACCCGCCUACAGCUGGACGCCAGGAACCGUGGAGAGUACAGGAUGAGUGCAAUCGAAUGCGUGAGGCGAGUGUAUCAGACAGACGGUCUGCGGGGGUUCUAUCGGGGAAUGUCUGCGUCCUACGCUGGAAUCUCUGAGACGGUCAUCCACUUUGUGAUCUACGAGAAUAUUAAACAGCGUCUACUGCAGGCCAGAGCGGCUACGCACAUGGACGACGAGGACAUGACGACGAGAGACGCCUCAGAUUUCGUAGGCAUGAUGUUGGCAGCCGCUACUUCUAAGACCUGUGCCACCUGUAUAGCUUAUCCACACGAGGUGAUCCGGACGCGGUUGAGAGAGGAAGGCACUCGAUACCGUUCCUUCUUCACCACCCUGAGCACUGUGUGUAGGGAGGAGGGCUUUAGGGCACUUUACCGUGGACUGACCACACACCUGGUCCGCCAGAUCCCCAACACAGCCAUCAUGAUGUCCACCUACGAGCUCGUCGUCUACUUGCUUCACCGCUGACCCCUCACCUACGACCAGGGAUGCAUGCGGAGAACAUCUCGGAGUGGAAAGGACAGUUGCUGGUUAUAGUGUGCCACUUUUUAACUGGUUUGCAUAAACAAACAUGCAAAAAUGAGCUGGAAGCUUGAAGUUUGGUGAGUGUAUGGUUUAUGUGGAGGAUGCAAAACGUCAUUUCAAACCAUGAUUUAUCUCAAACUAAAGCAUCCAGAAAGAUGGUAUAAUAGAAGGAAGAGGAAUUGUUUUGCUACAAAAAAGGAAACUUUUCUAUUUUUGCUUGUCCAUUCCUCCACUUCUUUCCAGCCUUACAUAAAGCUGCAUCCAAAGGUGGUCUUCGUCCAAGAUCUAAGAAGAUGUCCAAGAAAAGAGUGGAUCACUAUAUGAACAGUACUGGUUCACUUCUAAGCCAAAUGAAGAAAGGUGGUGUUGCAUUGCACAAAGCAGGCUGGGGGGCUGUAAAACAGCCCUGUGAAGACAGGCUGGUCACUGCUAUGGAGAAGAUGUACGUUAAUGGGGUAAUCUUAAGGUUGUAUGUUGGAGGGGCGGCUGUAGUUUUGUUCCCCCUAGCACUGGUGUCAAAAUGAUUUCACAUGGUGUGAUGCCAAAUGCCGCACCCUGAUUGAUCAGUGCUGGAGCUCAGGGUCAUAUAGAAAGUGGGUGGAGUCAAGCCAAGUCUGGGGAGAGCCAAUGAGAAAACACAUUACUCACAGCCAUAUAGAAGUAAGUGUGGCUCUACAGUUCUCACAGUUGUGUCCUAGUGGUUCUUCGUUCAAGUCCUGGAUAACCCCAUGCAUUGCAAUAAGAUCAAGCUUGUUCCGUCCUCAGAUGCUUUCGUAGCAACUGUUGCUAGGCUGGACAAGCUCAACAGAAAUGUCUUGUUAUAUCUAAUGAAUAAAAAGGCAUUUUUCAUUAGAAA